ACAAUUAGUUCCAGAUCUCCACCCUCCAUCCACCGCCGGUCAUGGCAGCCGAAAACCAGAACCAUCGAAAAUCCUUCUACACAUCUCCUCUCAACCAUUCCAUACCUUUUUCUCCCCCAAGCUGCUCUCUCUUGCCCCAACGCUCCGAUCCAACCCAGUGCGGCUCUAAAAUCUCUCCUCUAGUCCACCGCCGACGUGCCGCAAGCUCGGGGACCGGGGUCACCGUCGCCGCCUCCCCCCUCCCCAACCCUGCGCCUCUCACGUGAGUCGCCGCCAUCGCUGUUUCCGUUCUGCCUCUUCGCGUCCCUGCUGUCUCCGGUCUCCACCCCGCGCACAAUAUCUUGGAUUUUGGUUUUCGAGCUAAUACAGGAAAUUUGCCCUUAUCUUUGCUACACCUUUUGUCGCUAUGGGGACAGUUGCAAUCUACAGCCUUUUCAUAAUUAACAAGUCUGGUGGCCUUAUAUACUACAAGGACUAUGGCUCGGCAGGGAGAAUGGACACUAACGACAGCCUGCGCCUAGCAAGUCUCUGGCAUUCAAUGCAUGCUAUCUCCCAGCAGCUGUCCCCUACCACUGGCUGUACUGGCAUUGACCUCCUACAAGCCCACAACUUCGACCUCCAUUGCUUCCAAUCCCUCACAGGGACAAAGUUCUUCGUUGUAUGCGAAACAGGUGCUCAAAACAUGGAAAUCCUACUGAAAACGAUAUAUGAGCUGUACACGGAGUUCGUCUUGAAAAACCCAUUCUAUGAGAUGGAGAUGCCGAUUCGGUGUGAGCUCUUUGAUCUCAACUUGGCUCAGGUCAUUCAGAAGGAUCGUGUCGCGCUUCUGGGCCGAUGAAACAUAAAAAAAAAACAUAACGUUCACCGUUUCUUGUAACGUUUUGUAUUCAUGUACUAGCUUUUGUAUUUGCUCAGCUAGAAUAUGUUUAUUCUUGAAUGUGUUCCUGAUGACCAAUGGGAGAAAUGUGCUGCAGGCUUGCACAUCUGUAAAUCUUGUUUACAUAACUCUGGGUUACAACAUUUUGAUGACAGCCUAUGUGUCUGAGUCUAAUAUUGGUCAGCUUGGAUUUUCCAUUUCUCCAUA